AUGAAUAAGGGUUCGUGGUUACCUGAAGAGGAAGAGGAAGAGGAGUUAAAGGGUUUAUCAGAGAACUUCUUUGAUGAUCUCAUUGAUCAUAUGGAUCUUGAUGAGGACAUGGAAACAGCUAAUGAUGAUGAGGGAGAUUGGGAUGCAAAGUUUGAAAACCUUGUGCCUCCACCGUUGGAUGUGCUCACGAGCUUGUCCUCUGAGUUCACUCAUGGUAAGGUACAACAACGUGGGGGAGGAGUUCAGAGGAAGCCUGUCCGCACUUUGAAGCAGUCGAGUUCUUCAGAAGUCUCUUCUACCAUAGACAGCUCCCUUCCUGACGUCAAAGUCUCAACUCUAUUCCAGUCUUCAAACGCACUCUCAGUCCUCGACGCUGCCAACGGCUCUGUCUCCUUCCCCGUGAAAGGCACCAGAAGCAAGCUACGCAAACGGCCCACAACCUCCACAUUCAGAUCCCUCAAGUCAUUUACAUCACAAAUGGUUCAGCAGUUUGCUCCUGAUGAUCCAGACUCUGAACCUUACCACAUCCCUUCUGCCAAGAAGAAACGCCAGAGGAGGAACAACAAGAACCAUGCGACGGAUCAGUCAGUAGUCUCCGACAGUCCAGAACCAUUGAACGCAGAUGGAACAAUCCGCAUGUGCACUCACUGCGAGACGACCAAGACACCACAGUGGAGGGAAGGUCCAUGUGGGCCUAAGACACUAUGCAAUGCUUGUGGGGUUCGGUUCAGGUCAGGCCGUCUUCUUCCAGAGUACCGUCCAUCGUCAAGCCCGAGCUUCAUACCAAGUGUGCAUUCGAAUUCUCACAGGAAGAUCAUAGAGAUGAGAAGGAAAGACUUGAAACCAGGAUGACCCUUACUGUUAGAUCCAGAGGAUAGAGAUUAUAUGGAGAGAUGUAUUCAAUAUAGUAUUUGAGAGGAUUUGAAGUAAUUUGAUUUUUAAAGAGCUUAGAUUAUUUUAGGUGAAUUAGGAAGUUGUUAUGAUUUUAAUUAGAACUAUCUUAAAUCCAAUCUAAAAUGAUUUAGAUUUUUUUUUUUUUUUUUAACUUGAAAGCUCUAUCAA